UCGGUUGUACGCGCUUAGACACAUGUCGGAGUAGGAGCUGUUAAUGAUGUGAGUCCGCUGAUAUCAGCAGAUUUGUGGUGAAAUAUAAAAUAUUUUUUAUAAGCUCGCAGAUGAGAAAUUACACGUGUUGUUGUGACAAGUCUGUUUCUCGAUGAGGGCAAGUUGACGUUUUAUUCGUUUUAUUCGCCUCCUGGGCUCUGAAGAGGAAGUUUAAUUUAAAUAGUCGCUAUCACAGCCUCGAGGUCGGAACGAUGUCUCUGAGCGAUGAGUUGACUGUUCUGUUCCUUCUGAUCAGCGGGGUUUCUGCUGUGAUUGUUUUACCUCCAACAAAUGUAAGAGUGAGCUGCCAAAAUGUAAAGGUCUCUGUCCGCUGGGAUUACAGAACCCAACCACAAAUCUUUAGAGGAACCCUUCAUCCAUGGAAUUGUACAUUUGAAACCACAGAUCACGAGUAUGACCUGAGCAACUGUAUCUGGAAAUCUGGGGAUGAGAGAUAUCUCAAGUUCAUGUAUGUCAGUGUAGCAGCUGUACAGGGAGGCAUCAAGUCUGAAGCUGAGAAGUCAAAUACUUUCUCCUUUAACAGUUUCGUCACAGUCGACACAAAAUGUUCUUUAGAGUUCCCUCCUGUAGAAAUAGAACUGAAGGAGAAGAUGUCCACAGUAAGUUUCCAGAAUCCCCUCAAGUUCUACAAAGAGAUGGCACAGAAGGACACGCGUGAAUACCAAAUCGACUUUACAGUUAAAAAUGAACAGGGAGAAUUUACAACGUCAUGCACAGAUGAAAAAAUCUGCCAAUGUGAUAAUGUGUCAUUCAAAGAGGGUGUGAAGAAGUGCGUCAAUGUGAGUGGAACGUUGUUUGUCGGGGUCGGUGCUCAGCAGGUGGAGUUCAAGGAGACAGAGACAUGCACGAUCUGGCCCUCUGCAGUAUCACCUCCCCAACGUUCCAAUGAGGUGAUACUCGCAGCUGUGCUGUCAGCCUUGCUUUUAUUUGUUCUCAUUGUGGUAACAGCUUGCAUCUGUAAGCUAAAGGCAUGGACAUUUAACCCCUCAGAUACUCUACCAUCAUCUCUGAAGGACAGUGCAGGGAAUCAGAGCAAGCAUCCAACCAACCCAACCAGACCACACAUUAGUCGAAUCUCUGUCGAAAGCUUAGGCAGCAGUCAGGACGACCCCGAGGAAACUGUUCUUCUCAAGGACACCGGUCAGUCUGCAGACAACAGCAGUGCUGGCUCUGACUACAACCCUAGCAACUCCUGCUACGCAGAGAGACCGCAUUUGGACAGCAGCGAUUCUGACAGAAGCGGGACGGAUGAUGACUCUGGAGAUGACUCGGUAAAGACGGAGUGUGUUUCAAUUGAAGAAAGGUCUGCUUAUGACUGCCCACAUGUGAUGAUGGACAUGGGUGGUGGAGACAUGGUUACAGGUUACACUGGGAAGUAAGUCAUGACUCAGAGGACUGAAGCUGUUUUUUUGUUUAAACUCAGGUCAUCAAAGGUUACAGUCUAAGCCCACCUUUGGAAUGUGAGUUUAUAACAAUAUGAAAUCUUCACUAUAUUUUUGCCUUUUGAACAUAUUCGGCCAGUGGUUAACACUGCACUGACAGACUUGGCUGUCUCAGGGAAGCAAGCUGGACAUCUUUGUCUUCCAGCUGUUUUCUGUCGGGUUACAGAGGCAGCUAGCUGGAUCUCUGCUGGUUUCUGCCCCUGCAUCAGAUACAAGGAUAAUAGGCAACUUUUAUAUACCGUCUUUUAAUCUCUGCUUAACAUAUAUGUCUAUAUAUAAAGUGAUCCACCACAAUAUUAAAAUCACCUGCCUAUUAUUGUUUCGGGCUCAGCAGUGCUAUGUGACAGUGUUUCCUUUCACUGUGGAGUGGAGCUUCUCUGCAUUGUGCUUUUUUCGCUACAUGCUGCAGAGAAGUGAUCAGUUUGGACGUUUUUCAGUGUAGCGAGGUGACUGACUGAUGUAGAUUAAUCCAAAGGAGGUUGUUGGAAUAUUAACUACUACUUUGAUCUAUUGAAAGCAGUUGCAGUGAAAGGUGCAAAUAUCUACUGAUUGUCAGGGGCAACCAUAUUAACUAAUCUAAACAAAUAUAAUGUAUUUGCAUCUUUUUGUAUUGUGCUCUACAACAAUUGCUUCCAUUCAUUUUCUAAAUUUGUGUUGGGGCUUAUCAAAGCAGCGUCAUAGCGUGGCUGGAGCCUAUACCAGCCGACGGUGUGUGUGAGACAUUUGGGACAGGGGCGUCCGUCCAUCUGUUCUCUUAACUUUAUAUCUAAGACAAUGGAGCCUGUCUGAGACUCACCCUGGGGGAAAGUCUAUCACCAGGCCAGUGGCUCAAAUAAAACCCAACUAUCUAUAACAGGGUAAAUAAACAUGAUUGUUUUUCUGUCUUUUUGUUGUAUUGACCCUUAAACACUCUUAAAAUGCCUUAGAGCCAUUGUAAGGGUUUUGCAUGAAUAGUCAGAGAUAAACCAGCAAUUUUCCACACCUGACAGCAGAUCUGCAGGUGUCACAACUACCUUUCAAUGUUGCUGACGGUGCCACACCUAUGCAGCCGGCAAAACCUGCUCUGUAGGCCAUGGGUUAGUGCCUUUGUUCUGCUUGCCUCAGAAGCACGCAGGUUUGUUGUUUACUUCAGGGUUGAUGUUUUGUUUUUUUCUAUGAUGUGGGAAGUGUAAAAUAUUGUUGUAUUUUUGUACAGCUUAUAUGAUCACAUUCUCUUUAAAGGUGGAAUGAUUUUUUAAGUUUUUUAUGUGCAUUGACCAAGAACAUGAAAACGUAUCAAACAUGAGUUUUUCCUCUGACUGAAACAUUUAGGCCUGCUCUCAGCACGCGGUCCUUUAUUGCAUAACAAGAAGGAAUGUAAACACAUUUUGUCCUGUGGGGAUUAGACGGCACGUUAAAACCGGCAGGAACCCGGAAAAUUGCUUCUGUCUUGUUUUGAUCAUUUUUUCAGAACUUUUAUGAUUUUAUCGCCAGCAGUGACGACUGUUUAUGGCUGGGUGUGACUUGAAGUGUUCCAAUACAAAUCAAAUGUAAGGGGAUGCAUUACAGGUGAAAAGAAGGAAAGAAUUUUCUAAUAUAACUAUUAAUCUUCCAUUGUGGAUUACUUAAAGUAAGAAUAUUUGUAAUAUCUAUUUUCUGAAAUGUAAUGAUUUUGCAUUAUCAUACAUAUUUCUUCCACGACACGAUCCUGACCAAAUACAGUGCUUUUUUCAUUUUGCUCAUAUUUUAGUGUAAAUGCUGUUGUCAACAGUUGCCAUGCUUUUUAAUAAAUUGAGUGAAGUGCUGCUGAAGUGGA